AUGGACAAUUUCUGCUUUCCCCUGGACCUAUCAAAACUGGAGGAUGACCGUCUCCGGCUAGUUCCAUUUGAUUCUAAUUUCGAGGAGCUGUCGGCGACAUACGUGGAGUUAUCUUCGGAAACCCCCGAAGUGUUCCAAUAUCUUCCCUAUGGACCGUUCGAAAGCCCCGAGGCAUAUGACCAGUGGUACAGCAAUCGAAUUCGCCCCACCAAAGAAUCGAUCAUCUUCGCCAUCAUCCUGAAAGCAGGCAUCGUCAGGAAGCGAAAGCCUGGCUCCGAUCAGUUUGAGGAACUGAAGGUGGAAGAUGGAACCUUUGCCGGUACCACUGGGCUGAUCCGGGCGGAUCCAGCUAACUCUGUUGUCGAGGUGGGAAAUGUCGUGAUUCUUCCACGGUUCCAUCGGACAUUUGUGGGAACAGCAGCUCACACACUGCUUCUAACCCAUAUGUUGGAUCCUCCGCCUAAUGGACUCCAUCUCCGACGCGUCCAAUGGCAGGCCUUCAGCGACAAUCAGGCCUCGAUUGCCGCCGCGCAGCGCCUCGGUUUCCAGCUCGAGGGCAUCAUUCGCUGGCAACGAGUGUUACCAGAGGGCAAGAAAGGAAAUGCGAACGGCGUCAUUGAUGACAAAAUGCCUGGGCUGGACCCAACUGGUCAGAAAAAGCUUGGGCCGGGCCGUCACUCGGCGAUGUUGAGUUUGUGUUGGGAUGAUUGGGAGAAUGGAGCGAGGGAGAGACUGCAUGCCCUGUCACAAAAAUAUGCAUAG